GGACAUGGUUACCUUCUUCCAUUCUCCAACGGGUGAAAGAUUUAUCAUACUUGAGAUUUGCAUCCUUAUUGCCAUGACACUGCUGGUUUACAUUCUGUAUCAGAAGGAAGUGCAAAGAAGAGAGGAGCUUCAAGAGGCAAUGCACAUGAUUCGUAGCUUUGUUGUUGGAAUGGAACCAUUCUAUGUGGACAAGGAUGAUUUCCAAAUACUCGCUGUGGCUCAAAACAUAUCAGAGGAAAUGCGGUAUUAUUCCAAGAAAAAUGAAGAACUGCAAAAAGAAAUCGACAUCCUUACUAGAAACUUGAAUGAUGGUUGGGUUUUAUAUUCAAGGGCCAUCUAUUUCUUUUCUCUUGAGCUACGCACAUGGAUGGAUUCCAAAAAAAAGUGUGAGAAGGAAGGCGCCCACCUCAUUUCUAUGGAAACAAGGGAAGAACAGUAUUUUAUAAACAAGGAAGUAAAACACCGUAAAAUGAUUUUUUGGAUUGGAGUCUUUAAAAACAAGGGAAAUAAAUGGUCGUGGCUGUCAGGAAUGGAGGCUGCAGUCCACUACUGGAAUUACUAUGAGCCAAGUUAUAAAGAGAACCACAACUGUGGUGCGAUGACCUUUGAUUGCUACUACGAAAACUGCUGGAAUGCAUUAGACUGUGAUCUACAAAAACAGUAUAUUUGUAAGAAGGGGCCUGAUGAUGCUUGGCUCUAAGAAGACACCUUAAGAUGAAUGAAACUGUAUCCCAUGAUUUCUACACAAAAGCAAAACCAACAGAUCACUCCCACACCACUGUUUUAAUGCACAAUCCACACUGCCAUCUAGGUUAUGGGACUCUCUGGCAUCAGCCCUCAAAAUCACAUUGAAAAUACCUUAUUC